AUGCGGUCUUCUUCUUCUUCCCCUUCGGCAUUCAAGGGCAUAUCCAUUGCUGAAAUACAGAAGUUUAUACCGAGGAAGUGGAAACAAAGUUCUAAACUACAGGUGGAUACGAAUGUGGUGGAGGGUCCAGUUCGCCAGAGUUAUGCUAUUAAGGAUGGACAAAUCAUGUUAAGUUUCUUAGUUAGCUGUCUUAAAGAUUACACAAGCCAAGGAAAUCUCUCCAAAGCAUUCGAAACAUUCUCUUUGGUGCAGCGCCAUGCUCGGUCCAUCGCAGCUCGUGACUCUCUCGUGCAUUCCAUCUCUUGUCUUCUCUUCUCUUGCACCGAGCAGAAAUCGGGUUGCCAGGGUAGGCAGCUCCAUUCCCAUGUCAUCUCGUUGGGGUUGGAUCGACAUCCUGUUUUGGUUCCAAAGCUUGUUACUUUCUACUCAAAUUUUGAUUUCGUAGCUGAUUCUCAUUCUAUUGUUGAGAAUGCAAAUAUUAUGCACCCUUUGCCUUGGAAUUUGCUCAUAUCUGCUUAUGUUAGCAAUGGGAUGUAUCAAGAGUCUCUUGCUGCCUAUAAACAGAUGGUGAGAAAAGGAGUUAGACCAGAUAAUUUCACUUAUCCGUCUGUUCUGAAGGCUUGUGGUGAACUGUUGGAUCUCCCUUUAGGAAGGGAGGUUCAUGAUGCCAUUAAUGCUAGCUCUCAUGGAUGGAGUUUGUUUGUGCAUAAUUCCUUGAUAUCCAUGUAUAGUAAAACUGGGGAAUUGGAAAUUGCCCGUCGUUUGUUCAUUGAAAUGCCAGAAAGGGAUGCAGUGUCAUGGAAUGCUAUUAUUGGUGGUUAUGCAUCAAGGGGAAUGUGGAAGGAAGCAUUUGACAUAUUUGAGAAAAUGCAGUUAGAAGUUGAUGGCAUAACCAACAUAACAUGGAACACUGUGGCAGGAGGUUGUUUACGUGGUCGGAACUUCUUAGGUGUCCUUUACCUGCUCUCUAAAAUGAGGAAUUAUGUUAAUUUAGAUUCAGUAGCACUUCUUAGUGGUUUAAGUGCUUGUUCUCAUAUUGGAAGCCUUAAAGUAGGAGCUGAGCUUCAUGGAUUUGCAAUUCGCAGCUGUUAUGAUGGAUUUCAUAACGUCAGGAAUGCCCUAAUUACCAUGUACUCAAGGUGCAAUGACCUGAGGCAUGCUUAUAUUUUGUUUUCUUCGAUGGAAACUAAGACUAUUGUUACUUGGAACUCCAUGAUCUCUGGCUUUGCCUAUCUCGGUCUAUCUGAAGAAGCAUCCUUAGUAUUCAGAGAGAUGUUGCUUGCUGGGGUCGAACCCAAUUAUGUUACUAUUGCAAGCAUCCUUCCCAUGUGUGCUCGAAUUGCAAAUCUAAGACAUGGGAAGGAGUUCCAUUCGUACAUUCUUAAACAUCUCGUUUAUAAAGAUUGUCUAUUGAUAUGGAAUGCCCUGGUUGAGAUGUAUGCGAGAUCUGGUAAGCUUCCAGAAGCUAAAAGGUUGUUUGAUUCAAUGACCACGAGGGACGAGGUGACCUAUACCUCACUAAUCGCCGCAUAUGGGAUUCAGGGAGAUGGACAUACUGCACUGAGACUAUUUAAUGAGAUGAAUAGGUACAAGAUCCAACCAGACCAUGUUACCAUGGUCGCGGUUCUUUCAGCUUGUAGUCACUCGGGUCUGGUAACUGAAGGGGAAAUGUUGUUUCGAAAAAUGUGUAGUAUGUAUAACAUAGUUCCUAGAUUGGAGCACUUUGAUUGCAUGGCUGAUCUCUUUGGGAGGGCUGGGUUGUUAAAUAAAGCCAAGGAGAUAAUCACAACUAUGCCUUACAGUCCAACACCUGCUAUGUGGGCUACACUCCUAGGAUCAUGCAGGAUUCAUGGAAAUAUAGGUAUGGGGGAAUGGGUGGCGACGAAAUUAUUGGAGUUGAAGCCAGAAAAUUCGGGUUACUAUGUCUUGGCUGCUAACAUGUAUGCUGCAGCUGGCUGUUGGGAUAAGCUAGCGAUGGUUAGAACUUUGAUGAGGGACUCUGGUGUGAAGAAGUCUCCUGGGUGUUCCUGGGUUGAUGUGGGUUCCGGGUUUAAGCGUUUCUUGGUUGGAGGUACAUCGGAAGAGUAUGCCUAUGAGCUGUAUCCAAUAUUGGAUGGGAUGACAGAGCUAAUGAAAGAUUUAGGUCAUGAUUCAUCGUCGGUGGAUUUCAGCUCGGAAGAUGAAGCACUACAGGCAGCUGGAUGA